UACGACUGAAAGAGAAAAUUAGAAAUAUAGGGACCUAGGGCUAAAGUAAAUAAACAUGACAGACCUUACGCCAGAGUUAGGCUUGGAUGCAAUUGACGAUUGGUUUAAGAUAGGAAAAAAAUCGGUGCAGGCUCUAAAAACGGUACCGCGAAGUGUCACAGGAGGGAGAUAUUUUGACACAACAACUCAACGACCACGUGUUGCUGCAACUGAGAACACCUUCCACCUACAGCGGAGGACACCAGCUGUUUCUCAAACAGCCUAUGCAGAGGCGUAUCGACAACAAGAAGAGGAAGAAUUAAUGGGUUACACACAUCCACAUCAACAAAAUCGAACUGCAGCAAUAAAUAAUGAUUUGGAACAUUUGGAUUUGGACAGCAUUGCCACAUCUACAGUGGCAAUACCACAUGACCUUGUACCCUCCAAUGCUAUGGAUGUCUAUAAGAAUUAUGAUUUUGAACACAAAUAUGAGAGCAAUUUGCCAAUUGCUGAUCACAAAGAUGAGGUAAUUGGCACAAUUGAAAGCAAUCAGGUCACCAUUGUACAAGGAGCCACGGGAUCAGGAAAGACAACUCAGGUACCCCAGUACAUCCUGGACCACUAUGCAAAGUCAGGACGCUACUGUAACAUUAUUGUCACUCAGCCAAGAAGGAUUGCAGCCAUUAGUAUCGCCAGGAGAGUAUGCUCUGAAAGAAAAUGGCAGUUAGGAACAGUCUGUGGUUAUCAGGUUGGGAUGGACAAACAAGCUUCAGAAGACACACGGAUUCUGUAUGUCACAACUGGUGUGCUUUUGAGAAAACUGGUUAGCAAGAAAAACAUGCUGGAGUACACCCAUGUUGUACUGGACGAGGUUCAUGAGCGUGAUCAGGACACAGAUUUCUCUCUGCUGAUUGUCCGGAAGCUCCUCAGGACAAACUCCCGUCAUGUCAAGGUGGUACUCAUGUCAGCCACAUUUGAUUGUGACUUAUUCGCUCAGUAUUUUGCCCUACCGGUGAGAGAUCAGCUAGAGCCUGCCCCUGUUGUGACUGUAGAUGAAACCCCUCACACAGUCUCUGAGUAUUAUGUUGAGGACUUUCAAGGACUGGGUCAGAUUCCUCCAUUAGAUCCAUAUGAUGCUACAAUAUCAAAGGAAGCCUAUGCACUGGCAGCUCGCUUGAUUGAAGAAUUUGACAAAAUGGAAAUUAUGGUACAAGGAAAAUUUGAGGAAAGGAAUUACGCCAAGUACCGAGGGACUGUGCUUGUGUUUCUUCCCGGUAUGGUGGAGAUUGAUGAUAUGCAUGACUAUCUGAUGCCUUUGGCAAGGAACAAUUUGAAGAUUAUUCCUUUACAUUCCACAAUUACUGUAGAAGAGCAGACUAGGGUCUUUGAUAUGCCAGAAAAUGGUCAAAGAAAGGUUAUCCUAUCUACAAACAUUGCUGAAAGUUCAAUAACAGUUCCCGAUAUUAGAUAUGUGAUAGAUUUCUGUUUGACAAAGAAUUUAAUCAGUGACCCUGACACAAACUACACUAGCCUGCAGGUGGAAUGGGCCUCUAAAGCCAACUGUAUCCAGAGAAAAGGUCGAGCUGGUCGUGUGUCAAAUGGGCGUGUCUACCGUAUGGUGACUAGAAACUUUUAUGAAUCAUUCAUUCCUAGUUAUGGAAUUCCAGAGAUGCAGCGAUGUCCACUAGAGAAGCUUGUGCUACAAGCCAAAGUUUUCAACAUGGGAGAACCUAAAGCACUGUUAGCCCUGGCUCUAGAGCCCCCUAAUCUGGAUGAUAUUGAGAAAACUAUCUUACUGCUGAAAGAGGUUGGUGCCUUAUCUACCCCUGCUACUGGGGAGGGAAAUCGUCAUGAUGGUCAGUUGACGUUUAUUGGUCAUGUGUUGGCAGACCUUCCGGUGGACAUCAAGAUCGGGAAGUUACUCAUCUAUGGACAUGUAUUUGGAGUGCUGGAGGAAUGCCUUAUUAUUGGUGCUGCAAUGUCUUUGAAAUCUUUGUUCUCCAAACCUUACAAAGCUCAUUUAGAUUCCUACAGACACAAACUAGACUGGUCAAGGGGAUCCCAAAGUGAUAGUCUGGCCAUUUUGAAUGCCUUCAAGGAAUAUGAAGCUCGUAAAAACAUGGGUGAGUUUAGAAGAGGUGUGUCAGAGAGGGAAUGGUGUAAGAGACACUUCCUACAACAAAGGAGAAUUAGGGAGAUUGCUGAGCUUGUGAAGGAAUUGGAACAGAGACUGCAACAGUUUAACAUAAGCAAGCCAGGACAUCGCCCUAAUUAUAAAAAUCAUUUCAGUGAUGACCAAGAAAGACUCCUACUUAAGUUGGUGAUGUGUGGUGCUUUCUACCCUAACUACUUCCUAAAGGACCCAGUGGAUGAAGAGAGUGCCCUCAGAGAAAUGUCUGGACAUGACCCACUUAACACUGUCAUGGUGAAGGGUUUGCCAGCCAAUCAGGGUCUGCUUUACAAGGAAGCUGUAGAGGAUCAAUUCAGGAAUGUUGGCUUUAACCCUGAAGCCUUCUUUGAAGAAACCAAAGCAUACAUCAGUUUCCAGUGGAAGCCUGAAUACAGGGGCCGUGUCCAUCCUGGGGUGCAUAUGGCUGUCAAGCUAAGACAACUGAGACAGUCCAUCACCAUCGAUCAGCUUUCAUCAGACGAAGCCCACAGGUUACUGCAGGAAAUCCAGAGACACCAGGGAGCUGCUAAAGGAAGAUUGAGAUCCAACCGUCAAGAUGGAUCUGGAGACCAGAGGACACAGGUCUCAUUACCAGACAACUCUGUGCAAUAUGUGUCCCUUCUCAUAACCAGUGUUGUAGAAUGUGGACAUUUCUGGGCCCAAUACAACGAAAACCAGAACUUUGAAGAACUGAAUCAAGUUCAAGGCAUCCUGAAUAGCAGAAAUCUCUCUAUGGUAAAUGCCUUCGGUGUUGGUCAGUUGGUGGCUGCUCCAUACACUGAGCAGGGGGAGACUCAGUAUUAUCGGGCAAGGAUCAACAGCUUUGACCGACAAAAACGACAGGAGAGAUGGAUUGAUGUUGUUACGGUGUUUUUUGUUGAUUAUGGAAACACUGAAACAGUUGAUAAGGCAGCACUAAGAGUUUGUCCUCAAUCCAUCACUCACAUUCCAUUUCAGGCUGUGGAAUGUUUUCUGUGUGAACUCCGUCCCUCUGUGCGGAAGUGUCCUGAUGGACGGUGGACAAAAGAAGCCACAGACCUCUUUAGAAGUUGGGUGGACCAGCAAAGUCUAUAUGGACAGGUGUAUUCUACUGUGCGAGAUACUCUGAGGGUAGACCUUAUAGCAUCGUGUGGUAAUGGGCGACAGGUGUCCUUCCGCCAGGAGCUGAUCAACCUUGGUUACGGAGAGAGGGGGGAGGAGAAUUACCUCUCAAAGAAAGAUCAUGAGCAGAGACAAGCUCCCCAGACAGUAAGGGCCCAGGAACAUAGAAACCAUUCCUCAGAGGACUGGUUAGGGACUGCCAUCAGGACAUCUGCACCCCUGUCUGCAGCUCCUCUCACACGAACCAGGGGUCAAAGGAUACACCUUAAAGGACCAGUUAAUCCAUAUGAAAUGCAGUUUUACAGUUUGACAAAUGUUGGGAGACUUAGGGCAGCAAAAGUGGACCCAGACAGUGUGAACUCUGUUGCCAUUGAUGAUGAACCUGAAUCUCCACACGCCAGGAUGAUGAUAGCGGGAUAUGUGGGGCUGAAUGCGGCAGGGUCCACAAUGAUCGCUCGAGAUACAACAAUUAUGCCCCUCAUCCCAGGCUUACCAGCGCUAGUGUCUUUGCUGUUUGCUCCAAUUGCAGAAUUUCGGGUUGACCAGAGGAAAGAGCACUAUAUUGGAACAAUUUGUGGUUUGGGAUUGGACAGAUUUACAGGACAACCCGCCAUGCCUGACCACGAUAUGGAGGUGGCCUUUGACAUACCUAUAACAUUAGAAGAUAUCUUCAAGAUAAAUGGUGUAAGAAUGGCCAUCAAUAUUGUGUUAGGAAGUGAACAGGCAGUGUCCAACUGGGGUGAAGAUGCAAUUUACAAACUUCAAGACUCCGCUCGCAAGAAACUCAUGAGUGUUAUACAAGGAACAGCCAGAGAACAUUAUGAUGCACCAGCAACAGAAACUCCUUACAGAUGGGAUCAGAUAGACCCAGCUGACAUUUUAGAACAUGAUCUACACAAUACACCAGCUGACAGUGUGGUUUUGUUACAUUUACAUAAAGGUGUGUAUCUGAGAACAGAUAGAGAAGAAGAAGAAGAGGAGGAAGAAACUGGAGUGGAGGAGGAGAUCUUAGAAAAGAGACGCCACGCUGAGUGGCUACGUCAGGCUGCAGAGAGUGCCACGACUCGGGAACCCAUACUAUGUAGGUUGUGUAACAUGACAUGGCAGACUCCUCAGUUGUUGCAGCUCCAUCUGGAGACAAGGCGACACAAGGAGAAGGAGGAUGAACUCUACAACUGAAGUCAGAACAGAGAACAGUGAAACUACUCAUAUGACACAGUUAACAGCUGCCUGUUAUACAAAUGUCAGUGCAGUUCAGAGAAGCAGUAGAAUUUGGAAAAGGAAUGGUUCUUGAGGAAUUUUCAUUCCCAGAAACAGUAAAGAUUAAUAAUGGAACACUGUCAACAAUUUUUGUCUUCAAGGAAGGAAACCCAGGAAUGAAGUUUUUUUUAGUAAUUUUUAUUUUUUGUUUACAAAGUGAAAAUUGUAAAAGAAAAGAAUUGUUUGAACAAGUUUGAUGUUUUAAGAAGUGAAGGUGGAAAAGAAACUGUUGGAACAAGUUUUGCUCUGUUUUAAAAGCUGUGAAAAUCACAAACUGUUUUAUGUUGACAUUUGUGUACAUGAUUAAUUUUGAAUUCUUAUGUAGAUACAUGGAUGUAUCAUGACUGUUGAACUCUCAGGAAUACAAAAACCUGUCCAUAAUGAUUGUUUUGAAUUUUUUUUGUAUUCAUGUACGUGAGUAAGAGAGGAUUUUAUUUGGUCUUGUUAGAUUUGAUCAUUUUAUUUUUGUUGUGGACUCUCUGGCAAGAGUAGGACUUAUUUCACAUUUAUAGUUUACUACUAUAAACCUCAGAUAAAGUC